UGUGAAGUAGGCUAAGCUUAUUGCUAUAGUUUGAUAUAAGCUUCUGUUUAUUUUCCAUCAGUGUUGUCAGCCAUGGCAGCAGAUGUCAUUGAGGGAUGUCGUCUUCCUGUUCUACGGAAAAAUCAGGAGAAUGAAGAUGAGUGGUCCCUGGCUGAAGUUCUCAGUGUAAAAGAAAUCCCAGGAAAUAAACUUUACUAUGUCCAUUACAUUGACUUCAAUAAGCGUUUGGAUGAAUGGGUGCCCCCAGACAGGCUGGACUUGACCACACUUCAGAUGCCCAAGAAGGAAACUAACACGUCUCCAACAAAUGGCCAGCUUGGCUCAGGAGCAGCCUCCCCUGAGCAAGACAUGCGGAGGGGUCUGCAGUUCAACAUUCAAAACAUUACCGAUGUAUCCAAAGACCACAACUUAAUCACUCCAAACAAGAAAUCUGAGUCUAUAUGCUUGGCAUCACAGGCAUCCCCAGUAGUUUCAAAGCUUUCACUUCCAGAUGCUACAGAAGAGAUAUCCAUAAAACAGAUGGCAAAAGCAACCACAAAUCCUAAACUGAAUGGCCAUGACAAUGACGAGGGCCAUGAUCACCUGACCCUCACCAACAAUUGUGGAAUCCAUCGAAUGGUUCCUUCUAAGCGUGGCAGGAAGAGGAAGACCCAUUGCGUGGUGCCCGAAGAAGACUCUCAGGACAGCUCUGACGGAAUACCCCCUGCGCCCCACACAACAGGCAGCAUGGCGCCUGACCGUAGACAGGAUGACAUAGUCACACGCAUGAAGAACAUCAGUUGCAUUGAGCUGGGGCGCCACCGGCUGAAGCCCUGGUACUUCUCACCGUACCCCCAAGAGCUCACUGCCCUCCCUGUCCUCUACCUCUGCGAGUUCUGCCUCAAAUACCUCAAGAGCCUCACGUGCCUACAGAGGCACCUUACAAAGUGCACCCUUCGCAAUCCCCCUGGAAACGAGAUCUAUCGCAAAGGAACGGUCUCCUUCUUUGAAAUAGAUGGCAGGAAGAACACGACCUACGCCCAGAACCUCUGCUUGCUGGCCAAGUGCUUCCUGGACCACAAGACACUCUAUUAUGACACCGAUCCAUUCCUCUUUUAUGUGAUGACCGAGUACGAUUCUAAAGGCUUUCAUAUCGUAGGCUACUUUUCUAAGGAGAAAGAGUCAACAGAAGAUUACAAUGUCGCAUGCAUUCUAACACUGCCCCCUUACCAGAGAAGAGGUUAUGGAAAACUGCUCAUCGAGUUUAGCUAUGAGUUAACCAAGAUGGAGGGUAAGACGGGGUCUCCUGAAAAACCCCUCUCUGAUCUUGGCCUGCUAUCCUACCGAUCCUACUGGUCCCAGACCAUACUAGAAAUCCUGCUCAACCUGCUGUCAGAUUACGGAGAGCGACCCCACAUCACCAUCCAGGAGAUCAGUGAAAUGACUAGCAUAAAGAAAGAGGACAUUAUAUCCACACUACAGUACCUGAACCUCAUCAGUUACUACAGGGGACAGUAUGUCCUGACCCUCUCUGAGGACAUUGUGUUGGGUCAUGAGAGGGCUAUGCAGAAACGCCAUCUGAGGAUUGACCCCUGCUGCCUGCAUUUCACCCCAAAGGACUGGGCCAAGAGGGGUAGGUGGUAAAGCAGGCCACUUAGAAUUGUUGGCUCUCACCAAAUUAUAGCAAAAAGAAAAGGUCCAUUUUGCCAUCAUUGUAUUCUUUUUGGUUACUUUUGACCAGCUCAUAUUUAUUUGUUAAACAUGAUGAGA